AUGGUAAACAUGAACAGAGAUGUUUGCUGCUUAUUGUUCUUCUUAUCGUUCGCCGUCCUUGUGCCGUCCAUCCGAGCGAACAUCGGGGAGUUCGAUGAGUACUGGGAGAAGCGGGCGGAGGAGGCGCGGAAGGAGGCGCUCGAUGCGUAUGACCCCUACCCUGAGGCCGUAACCAGUUACUUCAAUGCGAAAGUCGACAAGGCUGUGAAGGGCAGCAACAGCACAAGAAGGCAGCUAGGACAUAAGUACACUGGGCCAUGCUUGGCCAGCAACCCUAUCGACAGGUGCUGGCGGUGCAAGAAGAAUUGGGCUCGCAACAGGCAGAGGCUUGCCGAUUGCGUCCUUGGCUUCGGCCGGAAGACCCGUGGGGGCAAGUACGGGAGGUACUACGUCGUGACCAACCCGUCAGACAACGACAUGGUCAACCCCAAGCCUGGAACCCUACGCCACGCCGUGAUCCAGAAAGGCCGGCUCUGGAUUGUCUUCGCCCGCAGCAUGAUAAUCAGGCUGAACCAGGAGCUCAUCAUGACUAGCGACAAGACUAUCGAUGGCCGGGGGGUCAACGUCCACAUCGCCUACGGCGCCGGCAUCACCAUCCAGUUCAUCAAGAACGUGAUCAUCCACGGGAUCCGCAUCCACCACAUCGUCAGGGGCUCGGGGGGGCUGGUCAGGGACGCAGUCGACCAUGUCGGCCUCAGGACGGAGAGCGACGGCGACGGCAUCUCCAUCUUCGGCUCCAGCAACGUGUGGAUUGACCACGUAUCCAUGUGGGCAUGCUCCGACGGGCUCAUCGACGCCAUCCAAGGGUCGACCGCCAUCACCAUCUCCAACUGCCAUUUCACCAAACACAACGAGGUGAUGUUGUUUGGGGCAAGUGAUGGGUACUCACAGGACCAGAUAAUGCAAAUAACAGUGGCAUUCAAUCACUUCGGGAAGGGACUGGUGCAGAGGAUGCCGAGGUGCAGGUGGGGAUUCUUUCAUGUGGUGAACAACGACUACACUCACUGGCUCAUGUACGCCAUCGGCGGCAGUCAACACCCGACCAUCAUCAGCCAGGGCAAUAGAUUCAUUGCUCCUCCAAAUGCGGCUGCUAAAGAGGUGACUAAGAGGGACUAUGCAACGGAAGGACAGUGGAAGAACUGGCUGUGGAAGUCGGAGGGAGACCUGAUGCUGAACGGAGCCUUCUUCACCACCUCUGGGAACCGGAGGGCGCGGCUCCCGUUCUCUCGGCGCGACAUGAUCAAGGCGAAGCCGGGGUCGUACGUGCGGCGGCUGACCCGCUUCUCCGGCGCGAUCUCGUGCAGAGUUGGCAGGCCUUGUUAGAGCGAGAGAGUUCUAAAGAUUUCUUUGUCCUGUUUUCAUUUCGAAACAGAGGCUCAGGUCGAUUGUGGUGCUGUAAUAUAUUUAC